CUUUCGCCCUCCCCCCCACAUCAUCAAAACAAUUACUGAACUCACUGUACCUGAAACUUUAUCAAAUUAUCUCUGAACUCCUAAGUAGUAAUUAUUAAAAGUCACUAAAAUACUAUGCAAUACAUACAACUAAAGCAAUAUUACAACUAUUGAAUAAUAAUCUGAACAUAAUUGUUUUAAAAUUCCAAACUAUUUUGCCAUGAACGAGUGAUUUUACGUUUAUCCUAUGCAUGUUAUAUCGUGAUUGUUUGAUAAAAUUCAGCAUUUAGAAAAGUGUACAAUAAAUAAAUAUACAGCUGAGACUCCCAAACCUAAGUAAAUUGUGUUUUUGGCUGACAUAUGUAGAAUGAAAGUGUUAUUUUCAUAAUAAAGAUGGUUCGCGGAGGAUCGAGAGCAAACAGCCAAAAAACAAACGAUCAAGAUAAAGUCGAAAAAAAAUCUUGCUUUCAAAAUUCGGAAAAAUUGUAUCAAGCAUCCCACAAUACUUCACAGGACAGAGACAAGAGAAAAGAAAAUCAAACCUAUGAUAGAUAUACUGAACACACGACUGGAUAUACCAGCCAUAGGGAUAGAUAUUCCGAUCGUGAGGGUCAUUACCACCAAGAAUUUAACCAUCGCGGACAUGGCAAGAAAUCAGCUAGAGAAAUAAGAUAUGAAAUUCAGGCAAAAAGAAUCAGUCUUGCACGAAAAGAGAAGAUGGAAAAGGAAGAAGAAUCCCAAAGAAUUAACGCUGAAAUUAAAUCACAUAUCGAAAGUUUGCAAGAAACCGGAAAAAUACAGAAUACGAAGUUUAAUGUGUUACACUUCAAUAUACUGACUAAAACUGACGAAGCCCCGGUCAAAUACUUUCCUUGUGAAAUGGGGCUAGUUCAGUUUUCAUUAGAGCAGGGAUUAGAGAAAGAGUUCCACAGUUUUCUUCUCCCUGAUAAGGUUCCUGUGAGCUAUAGUUUUCAGAUCAAACAUGAUGCAGAGAAAACGCACCAGUUGGAUCUUCACUCUACUCCUCUUCUACGGUUGAGCCAGCAGUGUGAAAACGACCCAGUCCAACAUUAUACCUGGAUACUUCAAUCAAUCAAUCAAUUCAUUAUUCCAGAGGAUGAUGAUACUACUCCUCCUCUGUACACUCAUCCUGAAGACCUAGAGAAGACAAGGUACUUAAUCAAUCUGAUGGUUCACUCUACUGGAUUAUCCCAGUUUAAUUUUCAAGUUUUUCCCCUCGAUCAGCUGUUCUACAGGUUGUGCAUGAAUACGCCCCAGGGAGACAAAAUGAGUGACUCCAUACUAUCCCUGCAUAAGCUGAGUACUGAAAUGUAUUUGUAUACACCCAACCUUUCCUGCUCAUUCCAUGAUUGUAUUGACCAACCUCAAUUCUGCUCACUCAUGAUCUCUAAAAGAUGGAUUUUUAUCAUCUGUGGAGAGUGUUGUCCAUAUUAUAAUAUAGAUCUGAGAGUCGGAAGACAUCUUCCAGUAGAGGUUGAGAAGCAGGUUGACCGGAUUGAUCUUUAUCCAAACACUGAACCUGGAGAUCAAGGUGGGAUUGAUCCUGGAGAUCAAGGCUGGGUUCCUCAUCUACCUGUCCAGGAAGCAUCAAGAAGAUCAAGAUACGUGGAUACAGAUCCUACUAAUGACUGGGGCGUAGUCAAGUCACGUGGUAUCCCGGCAGGGGUCAUGUUAAACCAAACUGGAGAGUGGAACGGACCUAUCCGAGGAAAGUCAGAGCAUGUGUUUACAUCUGACAGGAAACUGCUGGAGCAGCAGUUAUCCCUGCAGAUCCAAGAUAAUAAAAAAGGGAUUUACGAAACAAAUACGAGUUUAUCUCAAGGAUCAACCAUUCAAAGUUCUGUUCUAAAUUCUAGUCCGCCAUCUUUAACUCUGACGUCACCUUUUGCGCGUGGACGUGGAAUGCCGCAAUUUUUAUCAAAUAUUCACGAUAUAGAGUUUAGAAACCCGAUGGGUCGUGGUCGGGGGUUUUCUGUCGCAGGGCGAGGCCAGGACUGUGAUGUAAGAGGUCUCGGAAGAGGUUUUGAGCGCCUAAAGAUGUAAAAUAUUUAUAUAUAUUUUUUUUGCUUUGAAAAUUUGUAAAUUAUAUUUUCAGA